CGAGCUGUUAGUCGAAUACGAAAGAAUCCAAAUGAUUCUCAACAAAAGUCCACCACCGACACCAUCGACGCAAGAAAAUCUGUAAUAAUCUCAAAAAAAUUACAAAAAAUCUAGAAAUUAAGAAAAAAAAAUGAAACGCUUAGUUCGAGUUUUACGAACAGGCCUCCUGCCUUACACGAAAUCUCUCGUUUUGCAAAAAACCUUGUCGCAACACGUUCUCAACGGGACUUUCAGCAACAUUCUCGUCAUCACGGAACAUCCUCCGGUUUACACGAUCGGCAUUCGGACCAAACAAUACACGAUUCAGGACGAAGAACGCCUAAAACGUCUCGGCGCCGAAUUUCACAAAACGAAUCGCGGCGGUCUCAUUACGUUCCAUGGGCCCGGUCAACUAGUCGCCUAUCCAAUUGUCAAUUUGAAGAAUUUCCAGCCGAGCAUGAAGUGGUUUGUGUGUCACGUGGAGAAAACUGUCAUCGAUUUGUGCAAAAAAUACGGCAUCGAAGCUCGAACCACCGCGGACACCGGCGUUUGGGUCGAAGACCGGAAAAUUUGUGCAAUUGGCGUUCAUGGAAGUCGUUACGUAACAACGCAUGGUCUCGCAUUAAAUUGCUGCACGGAUCUCAACUGGUUCGAACACAUUGUGCCGUGUGGCAUUCCGGGAAAAGGCGUGACUUCGUUGUCGGAAGAACUAAAAGAAAAAAUUACCAUCGACGCUGCCUUGCCAAAAUUUUUACAAAGUUUUUCGGACAUUUUUGGAGCUGAUAUUGACGAUUUUAACGCUGAAGAGACCAAAAAUUUAUUAAAUUCUAUCUCAUGACGAGGAUUUUUUUUUUAUUUAAAGACAAAUUCAAAGCUAAGCUUUAACCGUAGUAAUAAAAUUAUUUUUUUGUAGUAAAAAAAUUCAA